AUGCUCAAAGAAGUGCUUGCUCUUGUCCCAGGUACCAUUCCAGAUGGUGUGUCAACCAGCGGCCAGAACGCAGAUGAGCUUGAUGGCAUCCCAUCCUCUGUGAUAGAGGCUGUUGAGCCACAAAUCGGUACAUGGGAUCAGUACUUUGAUGAAAAGAGAGAUUUGCGGCUUGAAGGGCGCGGAGGAACAUUCAGGGUAUAUAUGGCUGGGAGCAAGGGGGCAGUACUAUUCUGUUUGCAUGGCUGCGGAUACACCGGCCUCACCUGGGCGCUAGUAGCAGCAGCUGUAAAGGACAGGUAUCGAUUGGUUGCGCUGGACAUGAGAGGGCACGGGGAAACAGUCACAGAUGACGACCAGGAUUUGUCCUCAGACACCUUGUCCAAGGACGCUGUGGCAGUGUGGGAAGCAGUGCUGGGGGAAGAGAGGGCACCCACUGUGAUAGUGGGCCACAGCAUGGGGGGCGCCAUUGCCACGUGGGCCGCAUCUCUCAAGGCGAUACCUUCAUUGGAAGGGCUGGUGGUGAUUGAUGUGGUGGAAGGGACAGCGCUGGCAUCACUACCGCACAUGUCAGCCAUCCUUAGCAACCGGCCGCCCUCAUUCCCAUCGCUGCAGGUGGCCUUUGAAUGGGCCAAGCACUCUGGCACCUGCAAGAAUGCAGAGGCGGCUGCCGUGUCUCUGCCAUCAAUGCUGAGGAAGGAGGUGGCUGUAGAUCGUGGCCGAUGGGUAUGGCGCACUGCCCUGGAGAACAGCCAACCCUUCUGGCAGGGAUGGUACGAAGGACUCAGCGAUGCCUUCCUUGGUGAAAAGGCACCAAAGGUGCUGAUGCUGGCCGGCACUGACCGCCUGGACCGCACACUCACCAUCGGUCAGAUGCAGGGGCGCUUCCAAAUGGUGCUCCUACCGCAGGCGGGGCAUGCAAUCCAUGAGGAUGAAGCGGCGCGCACUGCCGAGGUGCUCCUGAAUUUCCUGAAGCGCUUCCGCAUUGGCGAGCCCAAAGUGCCCAUUCCCAGGCCAGCAAAUGCAGGCAUUGCUCUGCCCGUGCCCGCAGGCCCAGCAUUUGCUGGACCUCAACAAAGACCUUAG